AUGUCCAGACCAAACAUUGAGUUCUCACAUUUUAUUGUGAAAGGGGCUAACCGGAUGUUGACCCUUCCUGUGUUUCCGACGCUUCACGUACCGCGCAGACAGAGAGGAAGACGCGGCGGCGAGCAUCAGGGAGGCUUCAGACCGCGCGGCACGGUACGGCACGGCACAGCACGGCAAACCGGGGGAAGUCCAGCUGUUCGCCCGCACCGAAACGAAUCCCCCUGGAUAUCACCGACGCGCGCGCUGCGGAGCGGAGCGGAGGAAAAAAUUAUGGCGACGUUGGGACCUGAGUCGGCUCGCCCUUCUCUCGCCCAGCUCGGAUCCUCUCCCUCGAUUCAGACCCACGUCGGCUGCGGCAACCUGCCUCCCAACCGGGGCUUGGAGCGGGCGCUGGAGGAGGCGGCGGCCAGCGGUGUCCUCAACCUCAGCUGCCGCAAACUCAAGGAGUUUCCCCGGACGGCCGCCAACCACGACCUGUCGGAUACGACGGAGGCAGCCGACCCCGGGGCCCUCAUCCACGCAUGCGAACGGCCUUCAUCCGCACAUCCUCUUGCAUUAUGGAUCCACAACACUGAGAUUUAUUAUGGAUUCACGAUGUUUAGAUUCGGAGACGACUGGUGUAAGCUGAUUUGCCUCGAUGUGCAGGAAAUCAGCCGUGACUCUGCCCGAAUUCUGACGUCCCGGCUCAGGGCACGUGUGUCCAGCUUCUGA